AUGUCUUACGACCGCCUCAACUCCUUGGAAUCGCAGCCGACAACCUGGCGGCGGGAUGACGAUCCUCAGUAUCAGGAUGACCCGGAAUUUGCGCGGUUUACUGAGAACCUUUCCAACCAACUCUUCACGCUGACGUCGAAUAUUUCGAAUUUGUCCAGGCAGAUUGCACUGCUUGGUACCAAACGUGAUACGGACAGAGUGCGGGAGCGAGUUCACAACCUUCUGGAAGAGACGCGAUCUGGAUUCAAGGACGCAGGAGAGGGCAUCAAGAAGGUGCAGACGUGGGAAGAUGUCAAUCCUUCUCAAAAAUGGACUCAACAAAAGCUUUCGUCCGAGUUCAAAGCCGCGUUGGACGAGUUCCAGACUGUCCAACGCCGUGCUCUAGAAAAGCAGCGAGCUUCAGCGGUUGCUACAAGGGCCGCGUUGCAAGAAGGUGGCGAUCAUCAUGCGACAAUAGAAGGCCGGGAACAGCAGCAGCUACAGCAACUUGAACAGCAACCUCGAUUGGCGAACCAGGAUGAGGUCGAUUUCCAAGAGUCUCUAAUCAUUGAGCGUGAGUCUGAGAUUCGGAAUAUCGAACAGAGCGUCGGCGAAUUGAAUGAACUAUUCCGCGAUGUGGCACAUAUAGUGCAUGAACAAGGCGGUCAGCUCGACGUUAUCAGUGAGAAUGUCGAAAAUGUUACCACUGACACACGCGGGGCGAACGUCGAGCUGCGCAGUGCGAGUCGGUACCAGAAGAAUGCCCGGAAUAAGAUGUGCUGUCUCCUGAUCAUCCUUGCUAUUAUUUUGACGGUCAUUAUCCUUGCUGCCGUACUCGGAUAG